AUUUAUCUGGAACAACUUAAAAAUGAAGGAUGUUACAUGCUAUUGGAGAAGACUUUUAAAACAAUAUUCUAAAAAUUUAAAGUAUAAGCCAUCUCUUGAUGAGUCUCUGAUAGAAAUAAAAUAUUCUUCCUGAAUACAUGUUAAAUGAGGAAAUAUCAGCAACUUCUCAUAUUCACUAGGAUAUCGAGCACAAUGGGACACUACGAAGAUGUCCUGAGGCAGACCAUUAAGAUGGGAGACCUUCAGAAGUUUAAGACUUUGGUUAAUAAGAAGAAUAUUGAUGCACAAUUAUCAGAUGGCUGGACUGUCCUUCAUAGUGUUUGUGCUGAAGGCCAAGAAUCGUUUGUUGAGUAUGUAAUCUCUUGUGGUGCUUCAGUCAACUGUGAUUUUGAAUAUUUCACGCCACUUAUGGCCAUAUGCAGUUCUCCUUCUAUUAAUGAAGAUGAAUUGGUAAAGUGUGCUGAAAUUUUAAUUGAACACAAAGCAGAUGUAGAUGCUAUGGACAAGACCAAAGUUACACCAUUAAUGCAUGCAUGUCACAAGAACCAUGAAAAGUUAGUCCAGUUUCUUUUAGAACAUCAUUGUGAUGUAAACGCAAUGGACAAUGAUGGCUAUUCUGCUCUCCAUUUAGCAUGCAUGAACAACAGACCUAAUAUAGUUAAAAUGCUUCUGGAAUGUGGAGCCGAUAAACACAUGAAAGAUCGCAGAGGCCGUUUGCCCCUAGGUAUAGCAAUUUCGAAAGAAGCUGAAGAGAUUAUUCAGAUGCUUGAUGGUUGUGAACAAAUGCUUGUUGAAGCACCAACAAAAGCAAGCUAUGAAAUUGAGGAAACACCAUUUGAGCGCCUCCUUUCUGAGUUACCAUCUUAUACCAAUUCUUCAGGCAAAGAUGGAUUUCAUAAUGAUGUCCCAAUACUUCUGUCUGGGAUGAGAUUAGAGCAAACUGCUGACCUCUUUCUGAAAAAUAAGGUUAGCCUAGCUCAGUUUCUGAAUGUAACCAAUGAUCAAUUGAAGACCCUGGGACUGUACUUUUCAUCGCAUCGAAGCAAGAUUAUAACAGGAAACAAAAGAUUUAUCUCGCAUGCCUGGGGUGAGCAUUCCCUUCCAGAGGAGAAUAAGGAUGGAUCAAUCAUGGACGUUUGUCGUGCAUUGGCGAAUGGUGUGAAACAUGUCCACAUUCUGUUCUGUACAACCCUAUACUGUAAUAACAGAUUUAUAGUACCCACGAAUGAGGAUGAUCUGUACAAAGUUGGCAACCUUUUUGAUAUAACAUUGAGGGCUCACCGCCAAGUUAAAACUCUCAUCAAUGAAUUAAAAUUGAUUCAAGAGCGUGUUGAAUACAUAGACAAAGUUGAUAAAGUUAAACCAGUUGAUCUUGUCCUUCCCAUUAAGCAUGGGUUUAAAUUCCCCAAAAAAAUUGCUUUUGUGACUGCUCUCUGUGUCCUUCUUGCGUGGAGGGGAAAUUUCCUGAAUGUGAUUAGAAAAUGAUUCAAAGUUGCUGUGAGAAUGCUAAUGUUACUUGUUAAAGUAUUAUUUUCAUUUUGUAUGUUGACUGAGUGGAUACUUAAGUUCAAAAUGUUAAGUUUACAUGUAUGUGUGUGAUACUAGUUUAAUCCUUUUCCUGUGAUUAAAUAUGAAUAUCUUUGAUGCUUCCAUUCCAAGUAAAACAAAAUGCAACUUACCCAUGUAAUACUGUUAAGGAAGUUAAAUAAUUAAAUUUGUAAGCAAGAGAAGAUCUAAUUAGUAUGUAAAAGAGUGCCACCGUGCCACCAUUUUUAUAAUUACUACC